AUGCUCCUGAUCUUCUUUUACGUUUUUUUCUACCAGGUUCUCUACAAGUGUGGCUACCUGGAGAUGCCCGACGUGGGCAUCAGCAUGGUGAGUUCGCUCCGCUACCCGGAUGUCACGAUAGACUCCCGAAACGUGCCGUACUGCUCCCAGGGCGAUUCCUGCACAGGGAAAGCAGAAGAAAAGUGUCCAUGCCGCCGGUUUCGACCGGAAGAACUGCUGCGCCAAAACCAGGAUACCAUCAAUCUUGUCACAUCCGUGGCUUACAUCGACAAUUCAGGUGACGUUGCAAGAGUGGAGUAUGUUCCGGAUGUGGAGAACUACGAGUUGCUGCUGGAGCCAACUGUGUAUCAAAGGCAUCACAUGCCGGGCAUGGCGAACGAAGUUGUACAAGGCUACCAAAUUCAAGGCCGACUCUUUGUGGGGUCACGUGGCGAAGCGCCCAAUCACAUUCAUCACCAGCUUUGCAAGGAGAAGUCGAAGGUGAAAGAUGGCGCUUGGGCUCAUCCCGAAGGACAAAAUACUAGCCAGGCACCUUGCUACAUUUCAUCCGAUGCGAAUGUGCUUGGCAAUGAUGUGUUCAAGGUGUCGACGUUGCUUGGGUCGAUGGGCGUAUCUUUAGAUGACAUGCGUGGUGUCGCUGUGUUCUCAGGCGAAAACAGGACUUUGCGCAGAAGUGGCUUCACUGCUCUCCUUUCCCUCGAGGUCCGGAACUACGCGUACUGGCGAGGGCUCGUCGACACGCAUUACGUCUUGGAUUUCGAGAUGGCUGGACGGAACAAGCAUCAUUUCUCCCAGUACGCGACGGUGAAACGUGGAGACCGUGUCGAGCUUGCGCAUGAAUACAGCAUCAACGUCGUCAUCGCACCCAGCGGAACCAUUGCAUCCUUGAGUCGGCAAAGCUUCCUUGAUGUCAUGACGAAUAGUUUGGGCUUACUGACUGUCUCGACCAUGGUCGUGAAGAUCUUGGCUUCUUGGUGCUGCGGUAGCCUCUCGAGGGUCUACGACAAGGUCAUGAAAAGCACGACGCCGGAUGGCCGCUUCAUGGAGCUCGGAAUGAAGAUCUAA